UCAGCUGUCAGUCAGAGUCAGAAUCGCCACUCGCCCUCUUCUCUCCUCAGUAACAAAAGUACUGCUGAACCGCAGUAUUACUUUGACUGCUGCCGCUGGAUGAGUGUGUGAGCUGUGCUGGGGUGAAAAUGAAGCGCUCCCUGGGGAUCUGUCUGGUGAUCUGCUCCGCUCUGAUCGGACUCGGAUCAGCCAUUCGCUGUUUCAGCUGUAAGGACUACACCGGCAGCUGCUCCAAACAACGAGACUGUAGCUAUGACGACGCCUGUCUCACGCUCAACGAGAGAGGUGGGAUGACCUACCGUCAGUGUCUGAAGUAUUCAGACUGCGAGUACGGCCGACUGUCCCAGAUGUUCCCCCAGAUUUCCAGUUUUACCUUCAAGUGCUGCAACUCGGACCUGUGUAACUCCGCCCCCUCCUCUGCAGCCAGCUCUGUGAUUGGUCUGCUGGCCUCGGUGGCCGUCAUGUGGUGGUGCAUCCAGUGAGAGUGCUGCAGCUCUGUAGCGCCCCUGGUGGCUGUAAACACACAGCUGCUAGAUUAAUAAUAAUAACAACUAUAUAUUAUAUGCAUGUAACAGCAGGUUCAGCCUCUCUCACUCAUCAACACGUUAUCAGGAUGUAACCUGAGCAGCUGAGGAAUAUAUAUUUAUAUUCCAUCACUUUGUCUUCUAAAGGACAUGAAGCCUUAUUAACACAUUCAUUACAAACCCAGUCAUUUAUCAAUAAUCCGUGUUCCUCAGACAGAGAAACGUUAUUUAAGUCUUCUUCAGCAGCAGCAGGAGAUUAUUAAUAAAAUGUUAUGUUUUCAUGAGACAGAGAGAGGCUGUGAGCUCCAACAGGCUUCAUGUAUUGAUAUUUAUUCAAACUGUCCCCAUUAACAGAAGCUGAAUCAGCUGUUCGCAUGUAUCCGUGGUCCGAGGAGGGAGUUUCUUUUCAAAUUAAACUUGUGUAAAUAAAAUAUUCCGACAUGUUUACUUCUCAGAAACAUAUUAACUGUAUGUGUUCAUGGAAAUUAAACCACAGGAAACUGUACCUAUAGGCCUUUCAAAAUAAAGUUUCCUGCUCUUUAACUCGGUUUGAAAAACAGCUUCAGUUCAAUAAAGGUGACAAACACAC